UUAUCAUCACAUUGGCGGAAAUGGGCUUCCAUACUAUUGACUCUCUGACCUCAGAGUGAACCUCUCUCAGGAAACGGCGGCUCCAUCUCCAGACUAGCACAGCAGAACAGGCGGAGGCGCCACAUAUCAUCACAAACAUAGCUAGUUAUUUGUAACCAAAGCCAGUUUAUUUAAAGUAUAUCAGGGUCGCUGAAAAAAGAAGAAGCAUUACGCCGGCAACUGAUGCACAAGAUGCCUGGUCAACUUGACAACUUGAAGCCCAGAAAGAGGAAGAGCAGCUCCAGAAAGCCACAGGCUUCUACUACAAGGAGGAGAUGUAUGAAAAGUCCAGAGACACAGCCAGCCGCAGAGAGCAGCUCAGUAGUCAGUGGUUACAGCAAAGCAGACAAUCCUCUAGAGACACUCUCCUGCAUCCGCUGUGAAUGCCACCAGUCUGCAGGCAGGAGGAGAUGCUCAGCAUCACCAGAGCUCGAGGGACAGGAGGGCAAAGAAAACGGACUGAGGACGGGGCUGGAUUUGGACAGCUGCAGAGUGAACAGCGUUUGGGACAAACCGGAGUCUGAGGACAUGGAUUGUGAAGAAACCAGCAAAAACAUCUUCCCAGACGACGACAGUAAUCAGAUUCUUCCUGUGGAGCAGUUCUUUGGAAACUUGGAUGUUGUACAGGACUUCCCUUACAAAUCGUCGGAGAGUUCCGUCCAUGUUCAGAAGGAGAACAGGAGACGGCAUUACUACGCACGAGAGGACAGCGAGGAAGAGGAGGCAGGCCUCAGCAGCGUGCAGCAAGACGACACUUAGUGAAGAGUAAUUGCACUGAUGACUGUUGUGGACUCAGAGUCAUGCCUGCUGAAGGACAUACAACAAUCUGCACUUCCGAACGCUCUCUGUAAUACAGCAUGAGUGGCGGUGCUCAUGAGUCACU